UGUUUUCUCUGCACGAUAUUGCCUCGUACUAACCGCGACAAACAGAUACAACAACGGACACUCCAACUAUGGCGGAGGUGGUGGCUACGGCGGUGGCGGUUACGGUGGAGGCGGUGGUGGCGGUGACAGAAUGAGCAACCUUGGAGCCGGUCUCAGCAAGCCUCAAUGGGAUCUUAGCAAACUUCCCAAGUUCGAGAAGUCCUUCUACAAAGAGGACGACGCUGUAGCCCAGCGCCCUAGUAGCGAGGUCGACCGAUUCCGACGCGACCAUCAAAUCACUGUCGCCGGUCAAGAUGUGCCCAAGCCUGUCGAGACCUUCGACGAGGCCGGUUUCCCUAGAUACGUUAUGGAUGAGGUCAAGGCCCAAGGCUUCCCUGCUCCUACUGCCAUUCAGUCCCAAGGUUGGCCGAUGGCUCUUUCUGGUCGCGAUGUCGUUGGUAUUGCCGAGACAGGCUCUGGAAAGACGCUUACGUACUGCCUUCCCGCCAUUGUUCACAUCAACGCCCAACCUCUCCUAGCACCUGGCGAUGGCCCCAUUGUCCUUGUAUUGGCGCCCACCAGAGAGUUGGCUGUUCAGAUCCAACAGGAGAUUACUAAAUUUGGUAAAUCAUCCCGAAUUCGCAAUACCUGUGUCUACGGUGGUGUUCCUCGUGGUCCUCAGAUUCGAGAUCUUUCCAAGGGAGUCGAAGUGUGUAUUGCCACACCUGGUCGUUUGAUUGAUAUGCUCGAAGGCGGCAAGACGAACCUUCGCCGCGUCACAUACUUAGUUCUUGACGAAGCCGAUCGUAUGCUUGACAUGGGUUUCGAGCCCCAGAUCCGAAAGAUUAUUAGUCAAAUCCGACCGGAUCGUCAGACACUCAUGUGGUCCGCUACUUGGCCAAAGGAGGUUCGGGCCUUAGCCUCCGAGUUCCAGACCGACUUCAUUCAGGUCAACAUUGGUUCUAUGGAUCUCUCUGCGAACCACCGCAUUACUCAAAUUGUUGAAGUUGUUUCCGAAGGUGAGAAGCGUGAUCGUAUGAUCAAGCACUUGGAGAAGAUUAUGGACAACAAGGAGAACAAGUGUCUCAUCUUUGUGGGAACAAAACGUGUUGCCGACGAUAUUACGAGGUUUCUCCGCCAGGAUGGCUGGCCGGCACUUUCUAUACACGGUGACAAGCAGCAGAAUGAGCGUGAUUGGGUCCUGGAUCAAUUCAAGACCAACAAGAGUCCCAUCAUGGUUGCCACCGACGUGGCUUCUCGUGGUAUUGAUGUGCGCAACAUCACUCAUGUGAUCAACCAUGAUUAUCCGAACAACUCGGAGGAUUACAUUCAUCGUAUUGGCCGUACUGGCCGUGCUGGCGCCAAGGGUACUGCUAUCACAUUCUUUACUACUGACAACUCGAAACAGGCUCGUGAUCUCGUUGGUGUGCUCCAGGAAGCUAAGCAACAAAUCGACCCAAGACUAGCCGAGAUGGCACGUUACGGUGGAGGCGGAGGCGGCGGCCGAUAUGGCGGCCGUGGGUACGGCCGUGGAGGUCAUCGUGGCGGCGGCGGUGGUGCUGGCGGUGCUAACGCUAUGCCUCUCGGCAACCGACGCUGGUGAUUGAACUCCUCAUUCGUCUUCAACACUCCAAUCCACAUACAGACGCUUUUGGAGUCGUCUAUGUCCUUUUUUUAACCUAAUCUUCAAAAGCACAACGGCGUUAUCUAGAGGGUCUGGCUGAUUAGACAUGAUUGGAACUUCUUAAGCUACAGCAUAUCAACCUGCAGGAGUCUCUCAUGUUUAUGUAGAUU